AUGCGGUCGGCUCAAUUUUUGGGCGUUUUGGUCCUCUCCGCAUGCUUCGCCAGCACCCACGCUGAGUGGUGGACUCACGGAAGAGUAACAAGCAAGGAUUUCCCGAAUUUCAAGGGAAACUAUAAAGUCGUAAGCGUAUUUUUUUUUUUUGGCAAAUGUUCCGUCGUAUAAAAUGUCACCUAUUAGAAACGUCUUCUUCGAUAUAAAAAAACGUUAGAGAUCUAGUUUUUAUAGACUAUAUACUUAUGUUCUGCAGCGGUUUUGAUUUUUUUGCAAAGGCGACAUUGUAUACGAUGAAAAGUUUCUGAAAAAUUCUUGGGUGUAAAAAUAUAAAAAACAUAUUCUGACGUACUUUGCAUAUCUUCAGAACGUCUUCAUCAUCCCCGAUCAAUUUUUGGGUUCUUGUGGAGAGACCAAGACGGAUGUGAAUGGCUACUAUAGCAUCAAAUGCACCCCUUUGAUUGUCCCUUUCACUGAUCCGUACAAGACCGUCCGAGUGUAAGUUUGAACGGCUUUUAUCGUCUAUUUGAAAGUUUUGGUGAAGUCUCGUUCUUUCGCUGCAUUCAAAAAUAAAAAUUUUCUCCUAGCUGCGCCCGAGCUUUGACUUGAACUUGUUUUUUGGCAAGAUCUUGAUGGUUCUUCUCUUUCGAAGUCCAAGACGAGUUGUAGGAAAGCUAUUAAACGCUCUGUAGAUCCCUGAAAUUUCAUUUUACAACCUUUUUCCGACAAGUUUUGGUUGAAGUCUGAUCUUUUUAUUUUCAAUUCUCUGCAGCCUGCGGAGAAAAAGCGGCAAAAUUGAAAUUUUCAGGCGAAUUGGAAUUUUUCCCCGCCCUUUUGAAUAUAAUUAAGUUUCAGAAUGGCUAAACAAAUUAUAAAAAAAAGAUAAUAGGCCGAAGCUCGGGCGCGACUCGGAAAAAUUUUUUUUAUAUUUUUUUUCUGUAUUGGGCCAAAGAUGGAGUUAUCUAAAAAAGCACACAGUUUUUGUAUAUCUGUUUUGCUCAAAAAAGCUGUCCAUUUUUUUAGUUGCCAUCGCAUCUACGGAGACUGCCUCUGCAAGACCAUUAAGCCAGUCCGCACCAAUCGGCUGGACGUUCAAAUCAGCCCAAAAGAUGAUGUCGACAAGAACGACUGCUCCAAACAGAAAUAUCCAUAG